CAAUACACUGGCAGAAACUCCAACCAGGAAGGUGGCACCUCGCCUCGUAACUCAGCACGAAACAGAUCUAUGUUUAUCCUGUGUGUGCGAUGCGUGUGUCUCUGCGAGAGAGCUCGUUGACAUAACACUGUGAUCUAUUUGUUUUUUGUUUUCUGAGUUCCAAGAAACCUUCCUUUCCUACACACUCAAUGCACUUUAGCAUAUAUUAUUUUCUUACACGUGGCUUUAUGGAGAGUGUUGAUGACUUAUCAAAAGGAAAUUAAGCCGAGUACCUUGCAUUGUGUAGACACAGAAUUCAAACCCUAUCUAGAUCAAGGUUAUGUCUGCCAAGGCGGAGACAGAGAUACGUCUGCAAGUAGGGGAGGACGACCUGGAGGACGACGAAAAUAAAUCAAAGGACGAAUCCAUUGAGACCUUAGGCAGAGAUCCACUGAGAAUUAACGAUUCCGUCAAGAUUGCAUUUGAGGAGCUAUUUGCUGAACCACACUCCACACUUUAUUCGUUUGAUUCUGUCUGGCUGUUAAGUUUUAAGAUCUUUAACCUGACCAAAGAAUGGUGCUAUAAGAUUACGACAGUCAUCUUCGCCAUCCCCCUGGCUUUCCUCUGGGGUCUUCAGUUCGGUUGCAUGGCCUGCUGUACUAUCUGGUGCUGUCGACCGUGGGUCAAGGCAUGUCAGAUGAAUGUCGUCUGUCUUCAAGGCUUCCUGCAGAUCCUGCUAGACUGCUUGUACAAGCCUGUGUUUGGCGCCAUCGGCCACAUCUUCUAUAAUAUAAGAGUCAAAUUUUCCAGAGAUGCAUUUUAAGAAGUUUAUUUUUAUAAUUACAAACUAUUGUGUGUACAAAUCAGUGCGUUUUUUAAAAUAAUAUUUCUUUUUUAAAUAAAAUUCAAAUACAUUUCA